AGUGGCCAAGGUGUCGCCGGUGUUCUUCCUGCAAUAGCUCGUAUGUCAAUCCUAGCCCUAGCCUACAAUAUAUACUUGGGUACAUAAUAAAAUGCGGUAGAAAUUGUAUCUGUUUUAGUGGCCCCUGAGUCUCCGGGUACCCAGGGGAGCAUGGCAUCACCCAAAUCCGCAUUUAUAUACUUCCCUACAGCAACAUUCGUUUCACGUUCUUGCCUGCUUCGAUUCCUACUAUUACUUUCCCGUCACCGCAUCUCCCCACACAAAUCCGGGUCUGAUGUCACCGACUCAGAAGAUCAUGCUCCAGCAAUCCACACCCAAGUGUCCAUCUGGGUCCUUCUGAAGAAACUCGAAUUCCUUUUCUUUGCAAUAUGGUUGUGUUUCCUCGUAACGAUGAUAUUCCCAGUCUACACCCAAGUAAUUCUUUCAGUCCGCCCAGAGGAUAUGUCCCCUAGGAUGUUCAAACUGGACGUAUUCAUCCCCAUUGGGUUCAUGCUCUGGAACUUGGGUGAUUUAUCUGGAGGAGUAGUCUGCAGAUAGCGGAGGUUCACUUGUGACAGACCGAAGAUUCUCGCAUUAGUCUCCAUAGCCCGGUUGGUAUACAUCUCUUCGUACACAAUGUGCAACAUCAAGGGCCACGGAGCCAUGAUCGCGAGCAACCUCUCCUGCUGGCUUGUCCGGUUCAUGUUC